AUGGUAUCGAUUAGUUUAGAGAGAGUGAGGGUGUUGGUGGAUAUAGAUUCUGAGCCGAGGUUCAGACCUUCUACUACGACGGCGAGUGAUAUUUUGACGAAGGAGGCUUUGGAGUUUGUUGCUUUAUUACAUCGGACUUUUAAUGGGCGUCGGAAGGAGUUGCUUGUGAAUCGGCGGCGGGUGCAGGCGAUGUUGGAUAGCGGGGAGUAUAGGUUUGAGUUUCUGCCUGAGACGAAGUGGAUCCGGGAGGAUCCUACUUGGCAGGGGCCGGUGCUGGCGCCUGGGUUGGUGAACCGGUCUACGGAGAUUACGGGGCCACCGGUCAGGAAUAUGUUGGUUAAUGCUUUGAAUUCGCCUGUGAACACUUACAUGACGGAUUUUGAGGAUUCGCUGGCGCCAACAUGGGAGAAUAUCAGUCAGGGGCAAGUGAAUUUGUACGAUGCGGUCAGGGAUAAGCUUGGGUUCGUGACGUCGCAGAAGGCAUAUAAGUUGAACGGGAAGAUUUCUGAGUUGCCUACUAUAAUUGUUCGGCCUCGUGGGUGGCAUAUGGAGGAUAAGCAUAUUUCGGUUGAUGAUGAGCCUAUUAGUGCGUCUUUGUUGGAUUUCGGAUUAUAUUUUUUCCACAAUGCCUACAAGUUGGUAGAUAUUGGGAAGGGGCCUUACUUUUAUUUGCCCAAGAUGGAGCAUCAUAUGGAGGCCAAGCUCUGGAAUGAUGUUUUUAAUGUGGCCCAGGAUUACAUUGGGAUGACUCGGGGUACAAUUAGAGCUACGGUGUUGAUUGAGACGUUGCCUGCGGCGUUCCAGAUGGAGGAAAUCAUCUGGCAGUUGAGACAGCAUUCUUCGGGGUUGAAUUGUGGGCGUUGGGAUUAUAUUUUCAGCACUAUUAAGAAGUUACGCAAUCAAUCGGACCAUGUGUUGCCUGACAGGGACCAGGUGACGAUGACUUCCCCUUUUAUGGAUGCGUAUGUGAAGAGAUUGAUAUCCACCUGUCACAGGCGCGGUGUGCAUGCUAUGGGCGGUAUGGCUGCGCAAAUCCCCAUCAAAGGCGACGCCGCCGCUAACGAGGCGGCCUUGGCCAAAGUCCGUAACGAUAAGAUCAGAGAACUUAAAAACGGGCAUGAUGGCUCCUGGGUCGCGCACCCUGCUCUAGCGCCAAUCUGCAACAGUGUGUUCAAGGAUAUGGGCACGCCAAACCAGAUCCACUACAUCCCAGAGGUUGAUGUCACGGCGUUCGACUUGGUCAAUACCUCGAUUUCUGGUGCCAGAAUUACGGUUGCCGGUAUCAAACAGAACCUUGACAUUGGUUUGCAAUACAUGGAGGCCUGGUUACGUGGAAGCGGCUGUGUGCCAAUCAAUAACCUGAUGGAGGAUGCGGCCACAGCUGAAGUUUCGCGUUGUCAGUUGCAUCAAUGGGUCAAACACAAGGUAAGACUCUCUGAUACUGGUGAACAGGUCACGCCUUCCCUAAUGCGUAAGCUACUAAAAGAGCGCGCAGACUACUUGGCACGUUCUAGCCCUGCAGGUUCCAGCAACAAGUUUGCGACCGCAGCUGCCUACUUGGAGCCUGAGAUUACGGGUGAAAGGUUCUCAGACUUCUUGACUACCCUGCUGUAUGACGAAAUCGUCACCACCAAGUCGAAUUCCUACGGCAACAGCAGCAGACUCUGA